UAGUGAAUGCAAGGUCCAGGGAGAGCGGAUAUAGUGAAUGCGGGGUCCGGGGAGAGCGGAUAUAGUGAAUGCGGGGUCCGGGGAGAGCGGAUAUAGUGAAUGCGGGGUCCGGGGAGAGCGGAUAUAGGGAAUGCGGGGUCCGGGGAGAGCGGAUAUAGUGAAUGCAGGGUCCGGGGAGAGCGGAUAUAGUGAAUGCAGGGUCCGGGGAGAGCGGAUAAAGCGAAUGCAGGGUCCGGGGAGAGCGGCACACCCGCAC